AGACCAGCUACCCUAUUUGGGAGGACUUUAUCAACAAGGCUGGCAAACUGCAGUCGCAGCUCAGGGCGACGGUGGUCGCUGUGGCUGCUUUCCUGGAUGCCUUUCAGAAAGUGGCUGACCUGGCUACCAACUCACGAGCAAGGACUGUGCUGACAGCAGAAUGGCUUGCUCUGUUGGUGGGGAUUCACACUUCACAUCAGAUCAUCACAAUCAAACUGUCUGUAACACACACACACACACACACACACACACACGAAACCACGCAACUGAGAGUAUCACUGGGCUUCUCAUGCACUCAACAGAAUGUCGCAAGCACCCCACACAGUUUCAUGCAAGAUCUCUCUGCCCCCAUCUUCGCUCUCUCUCUCAUGCACGCACACACUCACAGUGGUGCCUCAACCCCACAGAGAAACCCACCAGUCAUACUGAGCAGCCAGACAAUAGUUCUGUCAAUCAACGUCAGGGCCCUGCUUAGCUGUCGAGCCUGAGGCCUUCCAGUGGACAGCUAGUUAGCCUGUGUGAAGGAAACUGAAAUUAGCCUCUAGCACAUUUACAAGGCUCCAGCUCCAACUUCCCUUCACUGCUCUUGACCUGAAUAUGUGUGCAGUUCGUAACUAUGUUUCACACUGAUUCCCACAGUGGGGCAGAGAGUGGGGCAGUGAGUGCAUGUUACAGAUGUUUUAUUUAUGAAGUCCUGAAACUUUUUUUUUCCUGCAGUCAGUAGACUCUCAGUGUAGUGGGAAAUCAAUUAAACAUUAUCAAGCAUUAUACCUGAACAGCACCACUGUAUACUGAUUUUUUUUUUUUUACUAAACACCACAAUAUCAGUAUUGUGACAAUAUUGUUGGGUUGACUGUUGGUGUGUACAGAAAAUGACACCAUUUUAGUGUAAUGCAGCCUUUAAAAUCAGGAAAAGAUAACACUAAUGACAUAAUGAUAAACAAAGCCUGCUUUACAUUCAGGUUUUAGAUGUACAGCAACCUUCAAGGGGUGCAAUGAAUUGUAGUUGCAUCUUUUCACAUACAAAUAAAUAAAUGAGAAAUUAAGAUACCUAUUUUAUAGCAGGCUGAGUAGCUGAAGCGGAUAUGAUACAUUUCUUUAUUUAUAAUCAAUGAAAAUUAUUGUCACUUAGUAUAGUUAGUUGAAAUAUGUUUGUUACAUUCUGAAUCACAGUGUGAAUUUGCCCUUUAGCCUUUAUCCCUGGCUUUUCUAGCCCCCAUCUUAUUGUCAAGUGUUUGAGCACUCUUUUAUCAUUCAAAGAAUAUUUUCCUCUGUAUAGUUUGACCCCCACUAAUAUUUUCUCUAUAUCCCAUCUUUCUCCAAUGAGUUGUAGUGAUACUGAUUAAUAUCUGAUGUUUGGUUGUGUUGAUGAGUGGAUGAUUGUAGCAAUUUCCACAUUAAAGCUCAUGUAUAUGUAAUUAUUUUUUUUGUCUUUUUUAUGUCUUUCAGGUGGGACCAAAGACAUUGGAUCAGCGUUGACCAGGAUGUGUAUGCGACAUCGCAGCAUAGAAGCUAAACUAAAACAGUUCUCCAUGGGCUUCCUGGAGGGUCUGAUCAACCCUUUACAAGAACAGAUGGAGGAGUGGAAAAGAGGAGUCAACACGUUGGACAAGGACCAUGCUAAAGAGUAUAAAAGAGCCCGGCAAGAAAUAAAGAAGAAGUCCUCGGACACAUUGAAACUUCAGAAGAAAGCAAAGAAAGCUGAUAAUCUAGGUCGUGGUGAUAUCCAACCCCAGUUGGACAGCGCCAUGCAGGAUGUCAGCGAUAAAUACAUUCUGCUGGAAGAGACAGAGAAGCAGGCCCUGAGGAAGGCUCUCAUAGAGGACAGGCAGAGGUUCUGCUGCUUCGUAGCCAUGCUGCGGCCUGUAGUGGAUGAGGAGAUUUCCAUGUUGGGAGAGGUCACCCAUCUCCAGGCAAUCUCUGAUGACCUCAAAGCCCUGACCUCUGACCCACACAAGCUUCCCCCUGCUAGUGAACAGGUGAUCCUGGACCUGAAGAGCUCAGAUUACGGUUGGUCAUAUCAAACGCCACCCUCAUCCCCCAGCACCACUAUGUCCAGGAAGUCUAGCAUGUGCAGUAGUCUGAACAGCGUUAACAGUAGUGACUCCAGGGGAUCCAGUGGCUCUCACUCUCAUUCUCCUUCCUCCUCUUCUUCCUCCUCUUCCUCACACCACCUCUUCCACCACCAUCACCCCCGCCAUCGGUACCGUAGCUCCACGCUACCCCAGCAGGCCCCAGCCCGGCUCUCUAGCAUCUCCUCCCACGACUCGGGCUUCAUCUCUUCAUCACACGACCAAUACACAUCGUCCAAAUCAUCCUCGCCCAUGCCAGCUGAAACAAAGCCUUGUCCCAGUUCCAGGUCCUCUGAGGUAUCAGAGACUGGGCAGCUCCACAGUGACUGCAGCUCCCCCUCUCCUCUCGCUGCUGCUAGUGCGCCUCAGCACACUACUGACAAGUUGUCCAAUGGUUUUGACCACUACAGCCCGGUCAGUUCCCCCUACAUGCAUAGCAACGGGGGAAGUUUGGGCUCAGGGUCAGGCACUGCCUUCCCCUUCUUCCCGACUUCCCCCUCAUCCCACACCACCUCCUCCUGCCCCACUCGCUCAUGGUCACGUCCUGCCUCAGCCUUGCUGCCAGACCAAACUCAUCCCUGCAUGUUGGGCUCCCCAAUGGUGCCUUCAUCACGAGUCCCCAGCUGGAAGGACUGGGCUAAGCCAGGCCCUUAUGACCAGCCCAUGGUCAACACACUAAGGAGGAAGAAAGACAAGGAGAUGCCAGCUGUUGUGGACAGUAAUGGUAGUGUGAGUAAUGACAGCAGCCCGUCGUCAGGCCCUGCCUCCAUCUCGACCUCAGCACCCGCUCCGGCUGCACUACAAACAUCAGCAUCAGUAGAGGAGAAGAACAGAGCUGUGGCUGCACCUCUCAAGGCUGGUGAUAUUGAGGCCCAUGAGGAACUGGCUCUGGCUCUAUCCAGAGGUCUGGAGCUGGACACCCAGAGGUCCAGUCGAGACUCUAUUCAGUGUUCCAGCGGCUACAGCACGCAGACCAACACACCCUGCUGCUCUGAAGACACAAUACCAUCACAAGUGUCAGACUAUGACUAUUUCUCAAUGGCCGGAGAUCAGGAGCCUGAGCAGCAGCACUCGGACUUUGACAAGUCGUCCACCAUCCCCAGAAACAGCGACAUCAGUCAGUCCUACCGACUCAUGUUCCAGAGCAAACGGCCAGCCUCCACAGCCGGCCUGCCCAGCACACAGACUCCUUACCACGGACAGGGGGCCUACCCUCCAGGGCCCUAUCCCCCCACACCUGUCCACACUGGGGCUUAUCCUCCUACUCCUACAGGCUCGUGCUCAGGUCAGGGAUUUUACUCUGGAUCCAGCUCCCAUAAUCCAUCUGGCUCUUAUUCUACAAGCCACGGUCCAGUUAUCGUCACCCCUGGGGUUGCCACAAUCCGACGCACCCCCUCUUCAAAACCGUCCGCCCGGCGGUCAGGCUCAGUUGUGGGCACCGGCCCCAUCCCGAUUCGUACGCCUAUGAUCCCAGUAAAAAUCCCCACGGUGCCUGAUAUGUCCGCAGCAGUUAACGGGAGCAGGAGUGCAGAGGAGAUGGGAGGAGGAAGAGGAGAGGAGAGCCCAGACUCUCCAACAUUUGCAGGAGGGGAGGAUACUGGCACGCUGCCUGUGAUGUCCUGGAGCGGUCAGGCUACGACCAAUCCUCCCACUGUUCCCCUGCCCAACCAGCAGCAGCAGUACCCUCACAGCGAGACAGGGCAGGAAGGAGGAGGAGACGAGGGAGAAGAGUUAGAGGGCAACAUGCUGGUGGCUAUCCGCAAGGGAGUCAAGCUCAAGAGAACCCUCACCAACGACCGCUCCGCACCACGCAUAGCAUGAUGACAUGAGCUCACGUCACAGAAGUGAGGCUUUCCCUUCAUUGUGUUUGUAAAUGAGGUUAAAGGCUUUAGAAAAAUUGAUGCUAGAAAGGCGGUGUACAGAAUCAAAAGGCCUCUUACGCUAGUCUGAGAAAUGUAUCCUGUUCUACAUGUAGCGUUUCUCAUUCUGUAAAUCUUCCCCUGUGAGAAUCCCUCACUGCAGAAGCCAUUUAUAAUGAUCCAGUACAGAAAUAUAUAGAUAUGUGUUGAUCAGGUUGACAUUUUCUGAUUUGGCUCAUGAUGCGUCAGAAAUUCUGUGAAGCCAGGUAUGGUGAAAUAUUGGUGUGGACCUAAAGCAGAUGACAGGCCCACUUAAGUUAAGUAAUUAUACGAGCCUUUACGAGUACAAGGACAAGACCUAGUUUCUUAUACAGGUCCUCGAAAAGCACUAAAAUGUUUUGCAAAUCCAAGCCCAAUGACAACGUAAAACACAAGGAUGUUUUUUGCAUUACACCACAAUAUGUUCAUUUCUAUAAGAGGACAGUUAAGACGUAUUUUACACACAUGUAUCCAGUAUUCUUCCUGAAGCCGAGGGUUGGACAAGGACGAUGUGUCUGCCUCCUCUCAGUGUAAAAAGACGCUGUGUAAUAUGUGUGAACUCUCAUCACUUAGAGCAUCGUUGGACAAAUAAGCGCUCUAACUGUCUAGUGAUUUGGCAGAAGGAGCGCAAUAACCAAUGCAAGUACUUCACAGCAUCAAGAGAGCAAUAUUCAGACGCACCAGAAAGCAAUGGCUCCAGUGGUCGGAUUCUGAUUGCACCAUUUGGCAUCUCCUGCUUUGUGUUGACUGCUUACUUGGAGGGACGCCCUGAUGGCUGCAGAAAGGUGCUGCGUUGUCAAAACUAAAUACAGUUUGUCCACAACAGAGGCAGAGGUGUGACCAACAGAGAGAGCUCCUCAAAAAGCAAAUGAGUUUGGGAGACUACAGUGUGACUAAAGCGUCACAUGGUUGAUGCCGUGACAUUAAGAGACACUACAAGUUACGUCCUGUUUUAGUUGUUUUAGCAUUUACAUGAUUUGUAAAUAAUUUUGCACGUCUCAGUCGGUGCUUCUCGCUCCCCGUUUUUCUUUCUGCUCCUCCACGGUGCCACAGUCGUUAAGUUUCACAUCUUUGAACAGGAUGUUUAUUAAUUUCACGUAAUGAUCGUCGAAGCCCAUUACCUUUGGAUGUGAAUUGGUUUUAUUUUUCAACAUUUCUCCCCAGUAUGAAUCUCAUUUAAUCUGCAAUAUCUACAUGCUGAGCUUUGUAGAACUCCUCAGUGGUUUAUGUUUAUAUAUAUUAGCCCUUAUAUAUAUAUAUUAGCCCCUUCUUUUUUGUAGCAUUUAUUAGCCAUACUUCAACCUGCUGCUCAUAACAUUACUAAUAAAUGUCAAAGUACAGAUGUGCCAUGUCAGAAACUCAACAUUAAUUCAAAUUUAUAUGUGUUAUUAAACAUUUUAUAGACGUUAAUGAGGACACAUAUUUUUGAUGUUUUAAAGUUAGAAAGCUGUAACGCCAUAUUGGUUUUGUUAUUCUGUCUGGUUGCUGUUAUAUUGAACUCUUUUGUCUUCUUUGAAACGCAUGUAGCGUGCAUGCUUGUUUCCUUUUGACUUAUUAGGUUUUUACAUCCAUCAUUUCCAGUUCGGGUGAGUUUUUGCAAUAUCAAAAGGUGACAAGUCCAGUACGUACAGACAUGAAACACAUAAAAAUCCACUGUAUAAUUUAAGAAACACAUCACUGUAGGUACAGUUUAAAAUAUUCUGUUUUUAUUUGGAGAUUUAAUGCUUUUCUUCAGACUGCAGCGUUGUAAGACUAUAGGCUGAAACUGACUUAUAGUCUGUAUUUGAAUUAGCUUUUCAGUUGAAGCACUGUGAGACCAUGGCUACUACAAGAUGUAUGAAACUGUAAAUGUUAUUUAGCUACACAAGUUAGUCCAAGAACUCACACGUUUUUAAUUUAUUUUCUCCUGUUAAGUCUUUAAAGCCUUUUUUUUUUCCCUCAGCCUAUUUUUAUACGUAUAUAAAGUAUCAGAGUUAAUAGAGUUGUUUUCUCUAUUCAUGCAUGUACUAUCUAAUGAUGUGUUGUUUCACCGGUGAAAUGUCGGCGACCGUCCUGCUACAAUUCUUUUAAGUCCCAUAUUUCACACAUUUGCAUAAUUGCACUGCGUUUUAAAAAUUUGCAUAAAAGCUGGCUGGUUUAAAAAGUGAAAAGCAGCUACAACCAAGUGUGUUCCUCAGACUUUUACAAGUCUGAAAUGUGUUUCAAAAGUUAAGCAAGUUUUGGUUUUAUUACAGAGAGGCCUGCAUCAGUAUUAUGGGUUCAGAUUUUGGGACAAAUGGUAUUUGCAUGAUGCAGAGUUCACUUCAGUUCAGUCAAGACGGUGCAUUUUCUUCCGAAUGAGUUUGUCUGAAUCAUCAAUUUAUCAUUUGUACAAAUAAAAAAUUCUGUUCAACACAUAUUUUGGAGCGACUGAGCUGAGAGUGGACUGAUAACUGCCCUGAAAUUAGGUUUGCAGGAAGAGAUAACGACAUGCAAACUUGAGCUGUCUCCAAGGGUGAUUUAAAUUUGAAUGCUUGUACCCCAGUUAUAUACAACUGAUAUCAAGCAAAAUGUUCUUGAGCAUCUUAUCUUAACAUGUUUGAACAAAUGACACGCUGCCCACCAUGUCUGACCUGAGUGCUCCAGAGACAUCUAAGCAUGAAAACCCAGUUUGUUUCUAUAUUUUAAACAGGUGUCUUACAUAUUGAUGAAAUAGCAAGGUACAAUAGGAGGAAUGACAGCAGAAGAAUGGAUGACAAAAGCAAAGAUAUCAUUUUUUGUCCCUGAAUUAAACCCAUAGUUUGAACAGGGGAAUGCAUCACAGACCACCUGCAUACAGAUCACCCCUGUGCUGUUUGAUUUCAACACAGCAAAGAUAAUGUCACAGCUUAGAUGUUUCUGGAAGCUCAGCAUUCAGCUCUUGAUAUUGUUCAUGAUGUUAAUAUUUUCAUUUGUGUUUUGGCCGUCCACCUGUCUAAAACUUAUACUAUCAACCUGUAAUUUCCAUAUUUAAAUUGCUAGCAUAAAUAUAUAUAUUCUAUCAGAGUUGCCAGUAUAUCCUAUGAAUAAGAAGUCUAUAGUUUGUGAGGAUUUGAAAGUACGAUUAAACCUGGUCUCUAGUUUAGUUCCUAGCUGAUUAUCCCCCCUGAGGAGAGUUGACCUCUCCGUCUGUCCCUGUACAGCUCAACAGGCUACGAUGCAGUUUGUUUCAGGAAGUUAAAGGUUGUUAUUUUUUGUGUAAUGACAGCUUUAGCAAUAUAAUAAAAAUAUAAAUUUUG